UGGUCGCAGAGAGACGGAGCGACAGUUUGCUUGUGGUUUGUCAGCUUUAUCUUCUUCACCACGGUCCUCCGCUGUAAAGACUUGGAGGAGGCCGAGAAGAUGGAGCGGAUGGAGUCGAUGGAGCCGAUCUCGGCAUACUACACCACGGCUUACCCGGAGAUCCAUCCCGGGAGCGCCCAAGGAGCUGGAGAAAGCACCGACAAUCAGCUCAAGACUCCACCCGCUCCAGUAUACGACGAGGAUUUAACGCACAAGACGAUCCUGGUCGGGGACAGCGGGGUGGGGAAGACGUCUCUGUUGGUGCAGUUCGACCAGGGCAAGUUCAUCCCCGGCUCCUUCUCAGCUACAGUGGGCAUCGGCUUCACGAAUAAAGUAGUGACUGUUGACAACGUAAAGGUCAAACUACAGAUUUGGGACACGGCAGGCCAAGAAAGGUUCAGGAGUGUAACGCAUGCAUAUUACAGAGACGCACAGGCCCUGCUCCUUCUCUACGACAUCACCAACAAAUCUUCGUUUGACAACAUCAGGGCAUGGUUAACAGAGAUCCAUGAGUACGCGCAGCAGGAUGUAGUCAUCAUGUUGCUGGGCAACAAGGCUGACAUGGCCAGUGAAAGGGUGAUCAGGAGGGACGAGGGAGAGAAGCUGGCCAGGGAGCAUUCGGUCCCCUUCAUGGAGACUAGUGCCAAGACCGGGGUCAAUGUGGAGCUGGCUUUCACCGCAGUGGCCAAGGAACUGAAACACCGCGCCGUCCAGCACCCCAACGAACCAAAGUUCCAGAUUCAUGAGUACAUCGAGUCGCAGAAGGAGAAGUCGAGCUGCUGUAGCUACUUCUGAGUCUCAUCUCCUGUCUCCCCUCCUCCCCCUCGGCUCCUCUCUCCCUCCCGUCACUCUGGACGAGCACGCAGACUGACAGAGACACGCUGGGAGCGACUGAGCUGUGCAGACAAAAGGAGAGGGAGGCCCUCUGAAGAACUCAAUGCUGCUCCCAAAACAUGAAAUUAGCAGCCACUCAAGACUAAACACCCAAAGCUGCUCAAUGGAUCAAAAGCAGAGGUCUGUUUUAUAUGCAGGAUCACUGAUAUACAGGGAUAUAAACUCAGCUGCCCACUUCUAUAUUUACAAAAUAGAGUUCUAUAAUAAAUUUGUGGUAUAAAUUCGUAAGUAAAUAUUAUCAAAGUGUAAGUUAUAUUAAAAUAGAGCCUAUUAAAGGAAAUAGCAUACAUUUUAACUAUUAUAACACCUUUUUAUUUGCAGAGCAGAGUUUUAUAAUACAUUUAUAAUACAAAUUCAUAAUACAGAUUAAAAUAUGCCAUAUCAAAGUGGUUUACUUUAUAUGAAAUUAGAGCC